CGAAAUACAUUCUGUCCCAUAGAAUAUUCAUAUAAGCCCACUCGUAUUAACACUCGAAAACCCGUUUUUGUUAGUUCCUUCGUUUUUGGUUCGAUCUUUUCGUUUUUUAUGUUAUGCAGUAUAGAGACGAGGUGCCCCAUCCCGACCAGAUGAGGGUCUAUCUGUUCCGCAAGCUCUUGGCUCAUGCCGGCGAACUGCAGCGGGAAGUGAGCGAGGAGGCGAUCGCCGAGGUGGUGGACCAGGUCCUCGGCGGACGCACCAGCACGGUCUUCAACUGCGGCGGAGUGCCAGCGGUCGAUCCGGCGGACAUGGUCACCCGCAUCCUGGGCGAGCUCUUCACCAGCGUUUACUCGAUGGAGGUGAACCUGGAGGUGCACGUUUCAGUGCGUCAUGUUCAGCUGAGCGGGGAUUCGGACGACCUGGUCGCGAACCUCAAGGGAUGCAGUCAACGGGCCACCCGGGACCACUUUGUGGCCACGCCCCGCGAGGUGCACGCCUACAUAGAGAGGGUCAUGGGCAAGGUAAGCCAGGGCGACGACUGCCCCCACCUGAUCUUCACCAUCCAUGUGAGGCAGACGAAUGCCGAACAGUCGUGGAAAAGUUGUGGCAAGCUGCAGCUGGUCCACCUACAGCAGCUGGCGGAGGAUUCGCCGCCCCUCGAAUCCGACUCGCCCCUGGACACGCUCGUGAACCUGUUCCAGGCCCUGGCCCACAAUCCCAAAACCCACAUCAGGUACCACAACAUUCGGCUGACCAGGCUGCUCCAACAGCUGAUGGGCAGCGGCGGCAGAACGGUGCUUAUAAACUACACUGAUCCGCCGAUGAGAAGGGACCACCUGGUGACCCCCGCCCCCAGUCCCUCGUCCAAUUCCAAUGGCGACUUGCCCGCAGAAGUCUGGUGGGGAUUGUUCAGGCAGGAGCGGGGAAAGUACUGCCGCCUGCGGGACAAGGUAAUGGGAAUGGUGGCGGAGAAGGACGAACUGGACGAGUUUCUGGAGAGCCUGGAGGCGAGCGACAGUCCGGAGGAGGAAAGGAGGAGUUCAGAAGACGACCUAUUCAAGAAAAAGGAGGCUUGCCUCAUGCACCAGAAGAUGCUGCAGAUUCGCUCAGAGGCAGAGAUGUCUAUUGACAAGUUGCAAGAUCUCCAACUGGGCAUCGAUCAUCUGGCACAAAGGAACUUUUGCUUGGAGCAGCAACUGGGCCAGAAGAACCGUCAGCUGGAAAGGCAAACCCAUCUCCUCCGCCUCGCUUGCAGCCAAAUUGCAGAUCAGCGGCGGAAGUUCCAAGAGAAGAUGGCCGAGUACUCCAACUUGUUCCAAGACAUGUGGCAGCAACAGAGCUUGGACAUCCAGCAACAGGAGCAAGUACAGCAGCGGCAGAUGUCCCAGUUGUUUGACAACAUCUGCCAGGAGAUGCAGCGAUGGCACCAAAGGAAAGAAGCACGGAUGUCGGACCAGGAGGAAGAGCCCCGUGGGAGACCCUAGGCCAGGCUCUAGCGUUUGGCACUCGGCUUCCAGUGGAGAGGCCACGAAGCACCAGCGACCGCUUAAAGGUCAGCCAGUCAGUCGUCUUCUUCAGGUCUUCCGGACCAGUCACGAACCAUUCGAAGCCAUCUCACACAUUCCCCAGCGCAUCUGGCUGUGCCACUUUGCCAUUUAGCCAAUAAGCUGGCGCGAUGGAACCGAGCCAAUGACUGUCGGCAAGUUCGUUGCCUAAGUCUUUAGUUUUGCCCGCCAGAUGUACGCUGGGAAAUUUGCAAGGGCGGUUGCGGAUGAAAUGGUAUGAAGGAGUCGCAUGGAUUGCGCAGUUCGAAUUGUAUUCUAAAAGCUUUUAACGCUGCCUAUAAGUUAAAUAGCAAUUGUAGAGGUUAAAUUUAGUGUUUGGACAGUAAAUCAAGAAUAAAUUUGGCCAUUAUAGUAAGGAUAUUAAAUUGAAAA